AAUUCCAACAUGUCGGACAAGUCGUGAAUGUUGGAUGAACUAUUUUGUGCCUUAGCGAUCUUGUCCGUCCAUGACAAUAUUGAUAGAGAGAAUUAUUGUAAACUUAUAUUUUAAGACUUAGACAACAGUUCUGUAAUGUAAAAUGGCUCAACAGAAAAGAGGAUGGAAACUUCAGGAAUUUUUGGCACAUGGUGCCAAUGUACAAUGUCUCGCAUUAGGCCACAAGUCAAGCAGAGUUAUGGUAUCUGGUGGAGAAGACAGAAAAGUCAAUCUGUGGGCAGUUGGGAAGCCAAAUUGCAUCAUGACAUUAACAGGUCAUACAACAACUGUAUCUGCUGUAAGAUUUGGUAAUGCUGAAGAAAUGGUAGUUGCUGGCUCUCAAUCUGGUGCAUUAAAAGUAUGGGAUUUAGAACAGGCUAAAAUAAUGAGAACUUUAACAGGUCAUACAGCAGGAGUCAAUGCCCUUGAUUUCCAUCCAUUUGCAGAGUUUGUUGGUUCUGGUGCUCUUGAUUCUAAUAUAAAAUUGUGGGACAUCAGAAGAAAGGGGUGUAUUAAAACAUAUAAGGGCCAUGCAAAUGGGGUCAAUUGUUUAAGAUUUAGUCCUGAUGGUAAAUGGAUUGCCUCAGCUGGUGGAGAUGGCAUUAUUAAAUUAUGGGAUUUGGCAGCAGGAAAAUUGGUAGCAGAUUUAAAACUACACCAGGGCCCUGUUAAUGUUGUUGAAUUCCAUCCUAAUGAAGUUUUAUUAGCUUCAGCUAGUUCAGAUAAAACUGUGAAAUUCUGGGAUUUAGAAACUUUGAAAUUAGUAAGCUCUUCAGACAAAGAGUCAAAACAAGUCAGUUCAAUGUGGUUCCAUCCAGAAGGAAAAUGUCUGUAUGCUGGAGCAGAAGACAGUUUAAAAGUAUAUGGUUGGGAGCCGUAUGUUUGUUAUGAUAGUGUACCUCUUGUUUGGGGAGCUGUCUCAGAUAUCUCAUUUAGACAAGAUCAAUUGAUAGGAGUAGCUUUCUCACAACUUAAUGUCUCAGUUCAUGUUGUUGAUCUCAGUAAAGUACGUCCAAUGGGUGUGAAUUCUGAACCAGAUAUUAGACCAUCUUUAUCAAGUAGUGGAAGAAGAAGUUUUAUGUCUGAUAGACCACCAACAUCUUCAGCUAGACAAUCCAGUGUAAAUAAAGAAGAUGAAGAAAGUAGUGUUAUGUCUGAUAAUGUAGAAGAUAAUAGAGCUGAUAUCCAGAAUGAAGAUGAUUAUAAAGAAUUAUUUAGAACUCGAUCUAAAAUAGCUAGAUCUCCAGUACGUCAUUCAGAACCUUUCAAACCACCCUUCGACGAUGAAGAACGGAAGCGGCAAAUAGCAGAAAAACAACGCUUACAAGAUAAACAGAGAUUAGCAGAAAAACAGAAAGAAUUAGAUAGACAGAAUGAAUUAGAGAGUGAAAGAAAGAAAAAGGAAGAAGAAAGACAAAGAGUGAUAGAUCAGAAACGUAAAGAACAACAAGAUAGAGAACGUAAACAAAAACAACAACAACAACAACAAUCUAAUGAUUCAUUAGGUUCUAUAGAUAAAGGUCAUACAGCCAUGUUAACUGUAAUGUCUAGUAGAAGUAGAAAUUUACAGAUAGUUCGAGCUAUGUGGACUUCGGGCAAUACAAAGACUGCUGUAGAUUCAGCUAUUAGUAUGAAUGAUCAGGCUGUAAUGGUAGAUAUUCUCAAUGUUUUAAACUUUAAACCUACCUUAUGGACAUUAGAUUUAUGUAGUAUACUAUUACCGCAACUUAAAGAUUUAUUAAAUAGUAAAUAUGAAUGUUAUGUGACAACAACGUGUCAAUCUCUGAAGCUAAUAUUAAAGAAUAUGGGACCAGUUAUAAAAGCUAAUAUAUCUUCAGCUCCUAGUAUAGGUGUAGAUAUUUCUAGAGAGGAGAGACACCAGAAGUGCAAUGCUUGUUAUCAAACAUUGAUGGCAGUUCGUACUCUGAUAGAGAAACGUCAGGCGAUUCCAGGUAAACUAGGAAACAUGUACAAACAACUUCAAAUACUUAUGGGAACAUUGGAUUAACUAUAACUGCUGACUGACUGACUGACUGACUGAUAUUAGUUUGUCUCUCUGAUUGUGUGAAGAAUUGUGAUCUGAUAAUAAACACUGACUGUAGCAACCAUUAUCACGUGUUCUAUUUAAAGCCAGAUCUUUAGCUCGUUCAUGUAUUACCAAGAAUUUCAACUUACAACUUAGAUAACGUGCCUGAAAAAUGGAUUUGGGAAAAACCAGCUUGGAUACCCUUCAACAAGUUUGUUUUGCAAGUUUUAAUACUAUGGUACAAUUUCUAUUUCUCUCUUAUGUUGGUUUUGGAUAAACUAGACUGUUUCCUCAAAAUAUGUACCAGUUUGUGGUCUGCUGAAACAAAUCAACGAAAGUGUCUCUUUGUGAUCAGGUGUAUCUCCUAAUUGUAAAUAGAUUGACUAUACUGUCAGAUAAUAGCCAAGAUAAUCCCAACUUUUUCCACCAAAAGAAAGCCAUUCCAACAUAUAUAUUCUAUAGUGUAC